AUGCUUAUGGAGGAAGGCACAUCGGCGCCGGGUCCGCUGACCUCCCAUCCGGUCAUGGGUCCGCCAUCAAACACCUCGUCGUCGACUUCCAAUGGCCAGCGGCCUACGGCGAAACGCGCAAACUCGACACAGCGCGCCAACUCUCGCUUCGUCGAGGGGUCCAUGAACGACCGCACCUCGGCCGCGCCGCCCAUCGACUUCCUCGGCCCAGAGGACUCGUCCGAGAUUGCGCGCCGCUUCCACAUGGACUUCUACGUCGAUGCGCCCGACGCCGGGGUCUUCUCGCCGCAGAAGCCUCAGCAACAGCAGUACCACCAGCCGCUGCACCAGCAAUCCCAGCCGCUCCUGCACCAGCCAACAGUCACCUACGCCGAAGUUCAGAGACCCGCCAGCUCGGCUAGCAGCCACGUCGGCAAGAAGGGCUUCUGGGGCGGCCUGCGCGAGAAGCUGAGCUUCGUCAGGGACAAGGGGGCUAAGCGUCCUCUUAGCCUGGACGGCAGGCUGUUUGCUCAAGGAGGCGGGGCUGGAGGGUUCGACAGCGGCAGCAACGCCGGUGCCGGCGCGCCGCCGGCCACGACUCCGGCGCCCAGGGUCGCGGGCAUGCCCAGCAGAGAGGAGAUCAUGGCCAGCUACCAGCAGCUGAUGAAGGACGGCUUCUUCGACGCGCAUGCCAUCCGUUCCACCCGCCAGCCGCCGCCACCGUCGUUCAACCCGUCCACCACCGUGUAUUCGACCAAGCCUCCCGCGGAUAAGAAGUCCUUUGCAGAGCGCGUCUCGGGCCAAUGGCCUCUGCCGCCAACGGAAGAGGUCCAGCCGCUGCCAGACUCCCGCGACGGAAACAGGAAGCGUGGUUUCCACCAAGAGGAGGGCUUGUCUGCCGUCAAGAAGUUGCGCAAAUCCACCUCACACAUGUCUGUGGACCUCUCCGCUCCCGGCCUGCGGAAGCAGCGGUCCCACGUGCAAUCCGCGUCGGAGUCCAUGCCUCCGCCGCCGCCGCCCAACUACAUGCCUCCUCCCCCACCCCCUCGCGCUGUCGGCGGCGGCACCGUCUUCAUCCGCCGGUCGUUUAGUAACUCGACACGAGCAAGCAACAAGCUGGUCAAGCACGCGCCCUCGUCCUCCCUGGGCCCCAUGCCCAUGGACACCGACCUCCCACCCCCGAACCCGAAUUACGCGGCUAGUACCCGCAGUAGCAUCGACUCCAGCGACUCCCGGCGGUCAUUUGCGGAGGCCGCUCGCGCGUGGACCUCGCGCGCCGCUCGCAAGGCGGCCGAGCCCCUGGGGCUGAGGCCCAACUCCAACCACGGUGCGGCCAUGCAGUGCGGAGCCGAGCAGUUUAAGAGCCGCGGUUUCGGUUGCGAGGGAGAGAACCACAUCGCCGUGCAAGAGCGCGAGUUGCCCAGUCGGUGGAGGGGCAUGCGCUUCACAUAA